AAUCGAGCUCUCCUCAUGUUCGGGUUAAAUUCAGGAAAAAGUCUUUAAUUCUGUGGUUAGAGAUGAAUCUUUUUAUUUGCUUCCUAAUUGUUGUAAGUGCAGAAGUUGGUAAUGUAAAUGGUCGUUCAAUUGGGAAUGAGAAACUUUUCGAUCAAAAUGAAGUGCAAGACAAUUUCGUGCAUGAAUAUGAGAAAAGUGAUCAGGUGAAGGGUAUUAAUGACUUAGAUUGGAUACCUGAACAAAUUGGUGUAAGAGAUGCUACUGGAGAACUUCAAGUUGAUACCUGGUGGAGACCACCGUUGCCUCCUUUAACGGAUGAUUGGGUGACUCCAUGGGAUCCACCAAUUAGUAGUACUCCUUGGACUCCUCCAACCCCACCUACAAGUAGCACUUGGGCAACACCUUGGGAUCCCCCACUAACAGAUGAUUGGAUAACUACUACACCACCAACAACAACAACAACUGAAGCUUCUCUUCCUCCUGGUUGGGAUCCACCCCAAGCGCCUACGAUAAGACCACCAGUUAAUGAGUCAGGUCCACCAGGACCUCCAGGAUGGGAACCUCCGUUGAAUCCCACAGUAUCCCCUCCGAUCGCUGAAACAACACCGCCCUGGUGGCAACCACCUUCCAAUCCUACAAUUACAGCACCGACGGAAUCACUUCCACCAGAUUGGAUGCCUCCUAGUAAUCCCACGUUUACUACUCCAACAACAACUACUACCACAACAACGACAACACCAACAACAACGACUACUACUACUACUACCACACCUCCUACUACAACUACAACAGCAGAUCCAAAUGAAACGGAUACAAUCCCAGACGAUUGGGAACCUCCAGGAGUUCCAACUGUUACUACUCCAGCACUUCCGUGAAACAACUUUUCCAAAGGGUAGAUAAUAUAACUGAAAGUGAUGUAAAGAUACUGAAAUUUUCUUGCGUUAUUAAAGAAGUUCUGAAGAAAUUUCAGUAGGAAGUGUCGGAGUAGAGUGCAUAAAUGUGAUUAAAGGGAUGAAAUGUGAGGUAA